AUGACAUCUGUCGAGUUGCGACGGCGGAUCACACGCAAAGUCAAGACUUGGAUAUACAUAGCGCGCAGACGCUUGAAACUCGGGCCUCCAGCGGCAGUCCUUGAAGCACAGCCCACGUCGCCGCCGUGGCCUCCGCAAGACAUACUAAAACAUCGCGUAAAAUACAUGUCACAGAUUCGAGCUCGACCACCGCGGGUGAUCAAAUACACCGACUCGGACACCUCGCUGCACUGCCUGUACAGGAUCUAUGAGCAGCUGGUCCUGGACCACACGAUAGGAUAUCGCAACGAGAUUGAAUACUUUUGGCGCCGCCGCGAUUGGCCCGUGGCUGAUAUUCCUGAUCCGCAUGACCCUGACCCAACGCGUUAUGCAUUUUUAGCUGGAAUUCCUCACCUGUUGGUACACGCUUUCAACAGCAAUAUUCGCAUAGGACUCGCGAGAUACACGGCCGCUAUCAUCAGCCCCGAGGAGGCAGAGAACUUGCAAAACACGCCAGAGCUGGUUAAGCUUUACGAGAAUGUCCCCGAAUGGACACUGCGAGUCAAAGCAUUGAGGAAAGCGGUGACGAUACCAAUAGUUUCAGGGCCUGACUUGGUCUUAACGUACCCUACCACCGAGCCGGUCACA